CCCCGAGUGCGCGCGGCGUCCAGCUCGGUUCGUUCGCGGUGGCGGCGGGCGCCCGGUGAGCGCGACGGCUGGAGUUGCCGGCCGGCGCCUUGGGGGCGGCCGCGGUGGAGCCAGCGGCCCGAGGCCGCGUCCGUCCAUGGGCCCACAGCGGCCGGGCGGCGGGGCGGGGCGCAAGGCGGCGCGCGCGCUCUGAGGCCGCGGCGAGCAGGCGGGGCGCGGCGGGAGAGGGGAGGCCUUUCCGGGCCUGCGGCGGCCAGCGCAAAAUGCGGCGGCGGCCGCGCUGAGUCCCCGACCUCCGGGAGCGCGCUGGGCCGUGGCGGCCCGCUCCGCGGCCGCCUAACCGACAUGUCGGCGGCCAAGGAAAACCCGUGCAGAAAAUUUCAGGCCAACAUUUUCAACAAGAGCAAGUGUCAGAACUGCUUCAAGCCCCGCGAGUCGCAUCUGCUCAACGACGAGGACCUGACGCAGGCAAAACCCAUUUAUGGUGGCUGGCUGCUCCUGGCUCCAGAUGGCACUGACUUUGACAACCCAGUGCACCGGUCACGGAAAUGGCAGCGACGAUUCUUCAUCCUUUAUGAGCAUGGCCUCUUGCGAUAUGCCCUGGAUGAGAUGCCCACCACCCUCCCUCAGGGCACCAUCAACAUGAACCAGUGCACAGAUGUGGUGGAUGGGGAGGCCCGCACAGGGCAGAAGUUCUCCCUCUGCAUCCUGACACCUGACAAGGAACAUUUUAUCAGGGCAGAAACCAAGGAGAUCAUCAGUGGGUGGUUAGAGAUGCUCAUGGUGUAUCCUCGAACCAACAAGCAGAACCAGAAGAAGAAACGGAAAGUAGAGCCACCUACCCCACAGGAACCUGGGCCUGCUAAGAUGGCUGUCACUAGCAGUAGUGGCAGCAGCAGUGGUAGCAGCAGCAGCAGCAGUAUUCCCAGCGCUGAGAAAGUCCCCACCACCAAAUCCACGCUCUGGCAGGAAGAAAUGAGAGCCAAAGACCAACCUGAUGGGGCCAGCCUGAGUCCAGUUCAGAGUCCCAGCCAAAGCCAACCUCCUGCUGUCUGCACCCCCCGGGAACCAGGGCUAGAAAGCAAAGAAGAUGAAAGCACCAUAAGUGGGGACCGUGUGGAUGGUGGUCGGAAAGUACGGGUAGAGAGCGGCUACUUCUCCCUAGAGAAGGCCAAGCAGGACCUGAGGGCUGAGGAGCAGCUGCCCCCACUACUCUCCCCUCCCAGCCCCAGCACCCCACACAGCAGGUAUGGUUGUCCUGGAUCGCCUUCACAGGAGCUCAGCUACCCCCUUCACUCCCCAGGUCUUCCAGCCCCAAGCCGCAUGGUCUACAGCAUCUGCCCUGACAGCCUGGGUGAGGCCGGCAGGCCACCCAACCACAUGGACUCCAGCAGUGCUGGGGGGUGGGGAACAGAGAUACUGGGGAGCACCUUUGCCUUUAAAGCCAGCAGGCAGUAUGCCGCCCUGGCCGACGUCCCUAAGGCCAUCCGGAUCAGCCAUCGAGAAGCCUUCCAGGUGGAGAGAAGGAGGUUGGAGCAUAGGACUCGGGCCCGGAGCCCUGGCAGGGAAGAGGUGGCCCGUCUGUUUGGCAACGAGCGGAGGAGGUCCCAGGUAAUUGAGAAAUUUGAGGCCUUGGACAUUGAAAAAGCGGAGCACAUGGAAACCAACAUGCUGAUUCUGACCACUCCAUCAAGUGACACUCGUCAGGGCCGCAGUGAGAGACGGGCCAUCCCUAGAAAGCGGGACUUUGCCAGCGAAGCCCCCACAGCUCCUCUCUCAGAUGCUUGUCCCCUGUCUCCACACCGAAGAGCCAAGUCAUUGGACAGGAGGUCCACAGAAUCCUCCAUGACGCCUGACCUGCUGAAUUUCAAGAAAGGCUGGCUAACCAAGCAGUAUGAGGACGGCCAGUGGAAGAAACACUGGUUUGUCCUGGCAGAUCAGAGCCUGAGAUACUACAGGGAUUCCAUGGCUGAGGAGGCAGCUGACCUAGAUGGAGAAAUUGACUUGUCCACUUGCUAUGAUGUCACUGAGUAUCCAGUCCAGAGAAACUAUGGCUUUCAGAUACAUACCAAGGAGGGUGAGUUCACCCUGUCAGCCAUGACAUCUGGCAUACGACGGAACUGGAUACAGACUAUCAUGAAACAUGUGCUCCCAACAUCUGCCCCAGAUGUGACCAGCUCACUGCCUGAGGGAAAGAAUAAAAGCACAUCUUUUGAGACCUGCUCAAGGCCAAAUGAGAAGCAAGAAGCUGAGCCAGGAGAGCCAGAUCCUGAGCAGAAGAAGAGCCGUGCUAGAGAGCGGAGGCGGGAGGGUCGCUCCAAGACCUUUGACUGGGCUGAAUUCCGCCCUAUCCAACAGGCCCUGGCUCAAGAAAGGGCCAGCACUGUUGGGUCUUCUGAUUCUGGUGAACCUGGGUGUCUUGAGGCUGAGCCAGGUGAACUGGAACGUGAACGAGCUCGACGUCGAGAAGAGCGCCGCAAGCGCUUUGGGAUGCUGGACACCAUUGAUGGACCAGGAAUGGAGGAUACAGCCCUACGUAUGGACAUUGACAGGAGCCCAGGGCUGCUGGGAACCCCUGAUCUCAAGACACAGAAUGUCCACGUGGAAAUUGAGCAGCGGUGGCACCAAGUGGAGACCACCCCUCUCAGGGAGGAGAAACAGGUGCCCAUUGCCCCUCUGCACCUAUCCUUGGAGGACAGAAGUGAGCGGCUCUCCACACAUGAGCUCACCUCUCUGCUAGAGAAGGAGCUGGAGCAGAGCCAGAAAGAAGCCUCAGAUCUUCUAGAACAGAACCGGCUUCUGCAGGACCAGUUAAGGGUGGCCCUGGGCAGAGAACAGAGUGCCCGGGAAGGCUAUGUGCUGCAGACUGAAGUGGCCACCUCUCCAUCGGGUGCCUGGCAGAGGCUCCAUAGAGUCAACCAAGACCUCCAAAGUGAGCUGGAAGCUCAAUGCCGGCGGCAGGAGCUCAUCACACAGCAGAUUCAGACCCUGAAACAUAGCUAUGGGGAGGCCAAGGAUGCAAUCCGGCACCACGAGGCUGAGAUUCAGACCCUGCAGACAAGACUUGGUAAUGCCGCUGCAGAGCUAGCCAUUAAGGAGAAGGCUCUAGCCAAGCUCAAGGGUGAGCUCAAGCUGGAGCAGGGCAAGGUUCGAGAGCAGCUGGAGGAGUGGCAGCACAGCAAGGCCAUGCUGAGUGGCCAGCUGAGGGCCAGUGAGCAGAAACUCAAAAGUACAGAAGCCCUACUGUUAGAGAAGACACAGGAACUCAGGGACCUGGAAACACAACAGUCAUUGCAACGAGACCGACAGAAGGAGGUGCAGAGGCUGCAAGAAUGCAUUGCUGAGCUCAGCCAACAGCUAGGUACCAGUGAGCAAGCCCAGCGUCUGAUGGAGAAGAAGUUGAAGAGAAACUAUACAUUGUUGCUGGAGAGCUGUGAGCAAGAAAAGCAGGCACUGCUGCAGAACCUGAAGGAAGUUGAGGACAAGGCCAGUGCCUAUGAGAAUCAGCUACAAGGCCAUGUGCAGCAGGUGGAGGCCCUCCAGAAAGAGAAGCUGAAUGAAACAUGCAAAGGCAGCGAGCAAGUACAUAAGCUAGAAGAAGAGCUGGAGGCCCGAGAGGCCAGCAUCCGCCAAUUAGCCCAGCAUGUACAGAGCCUCCAUGAUGAACGGGAUCUCAUCAAGCAUCAGUUUCAAGAGCUCAUGGAACGUGUGGCCACAUCCGAUGGGGAUGUGGCUGAGCUCCAAGAGAAGCUGAGGGGAAGGGAAGCUGACUACCAAAGCCUUGAGCACUCACACCACAGGGUCUCUAUCCAGCUACAGAGCGUGCGCACUCUGCUGAGGGAAAAGGAAGAGGAGCUGAAGCACAUUAAAGAAGCACAUGAGAGAGUUCUAGAAAAGAAAGACCAAGACCUCAAUGAGGCUUUAGUUAAAAUGAUUGCCUUGGGCAGCAGCUUAGAGGAAACAGAAAUUAAGCUGCAGGAAAAGGAAGAGUGUCUAAGGAGAUUUGUGAGUGAUUCUCCUAAGGAGGCCAAAGAGCCUCAAAGUACCACAGACCCACCAGAGGAGGACAGUGGCAUUCUGCCCAUAGGCUCAGUCACCAGAGUAUUUCCUGGCUUUCCCCACUCACAACCAGAGGACGAAGAUCCAAGUGCUGGCCUGGGGGAAGAAGGGAGCAGUGGUGGCCUCAGCAGAGAGGAAAACAUCAUACCCCCAAAGUCAGCCGAUAUGCCUGAGCGGGAGGGGCAUCUGCAAAGCGCAUCGAAAUCUGAUCAAGGGGCCCCUAUAAAAAGGCCAAGAAUCAGGUUCUCCACAAUCCAGUGUCAAAGAUACACACACCCUGAGGGGUGUGCGAAGGCCUGGACUAGCAGCACAUCAUCAGACACCAGCCAGGACCAGUCACCCUCAGAGGAUAGUGUGUCCUCAGAAGCUACCCCUAGCACACUCCCAGCAGCUGCAGAUGCUGAAACGUACAUCUCCAUAAUCCACUCUCUGGAGACGAAGCUCUAUGUCACAGAGGAGAAGCUCAAAGAUGUGACUGUAAGGCUGGAAAGCCAGCAGGGGCAGAGUCAGGAGGCAUUGCUUGCACUGCACCAGCAGUGGGCUGGCACUGAGGCACAGUUGCGGGAGCAGCUCCGUGCCAGCCUGCUACAGGCUAGCGCUCUGGCCUCUCAGCUAGAGCAGGAAAGACAACAAAAGGCCACAAACAUUGAGCAGCACCCUAGGGAGCUGGAAGACUUCCAAGCCAAAAAUAGCCAAGCCCUGACAUGCUUACAAAACUGCUGGAAAAAACUAAGGUCUUUGCCAUGGGCGGACCAGGAAGAGGACCAGGAUACAUGUACAGCCUCCCUGGCUAACAUAGAGAGUAUGCUUGUGAGUGCCAUCAAGGCCCUUCAACCAUGGGCUUCCCCUGCAGAGAGCAGGACACCAGCUCAGCAAGAGGAGGAGCACCCCAUGGAAAGUGGUACGGCAGCCCCCGUGCAGCAGCCCUGUCAGCCCAUCUUGAAUGAGCAGGAGCACAGGAAGCUGCUUUCUGCUCAGAUAGUCCUGGAGGCCUCACUCAUCAACCAGAUAGCUGACUCUCUAAAAAAUACCACUUCAGGUGUAUAUGGUGUUCUCUGUGAGCUUACUCAGUCAGGGGAGUGGCCACUGAAGGAAGAAAGUGCUGCCCCCUCUGCUGGGGCUCCAAUGGAGAUCUGGGCCAAGAAGGUACUGGUGAAUGGUGAGUUCUGGAGCCAGGUCACAUCACUAAGUAAACACCUAGGGACACUGGGAGAAGAAACAGCCUGCACAUCAGGAGACAGGCAGCAGCAUACUCCCCAGAGUCUGGCUGAUGCCACAUGGAUUCGUGCAGAGCUCAGCUAUGCCACACAAUCAGUAAGAGAAUUGUUCCACCAUAGGCUGCAGAGCAUACAGGAGACCCUACAGGGGACCCAGGCAGCCCUACAGCAGCACAAGUGCAUGCUGGGAGAAAUCUUGGGAGCCUACCAAACCCCAGACUUUGAAAGAGUAAUACAGCAGAUCUUAGAAACCCUCAGACAUGCAACUGGCAGGGAGGACCAAGUACAGACAUCCUGGGACCAGAGCCCAUUAGGAGAGGUACUGAGGCCAGGCACAGAUGGCUCCCAAGAGCCUUUGCAGGCUUUGCAUCAGAGCCCUGAAGUCCUUGCUGCCAUUCAGGAUGAGCUGGCCCAGCAGCUGAGAGAAAAGGCUAGCAUCCUUGAGGAGAUUUCAGCUGCCUUGCCAGGCCUGCCUCCCACAGAGCCACUUGGGGGUUGCCAGAGGCUUCUGCAGAUGUCCCAGCAUCUCUCAUAUGAUGCUUGUCUAGAGGGCCUUGGUCAGUAUUCUUCAUUACUGGUUCAAGACGCAAUUAUUCAGGCUCAAGUGUGCUAUGCAGCUUGCAGAAUUCGCCUGGAGUAUGAAAAGGAGCUGAGAUUUUAUAAGAAGGCCUGUCAAGAGGCUAGGGGGGCUUCUUGCCAGAAGCGUGCACAAGCACUUGGGGCCCUGAAGGAAGAAUAUGAAGAACUUCUCCACAAGCAGAAGAGUGAGUACCAGAAGGUUAUCACCCUCAUUGAAAAGGAAAACACUGAGCUCAAAGCCAAAGUGAGCCAGAUGGACCAUCAGCAGAGAUGUCUACAAGAAGCAGAAAGCAAGCACAGUGAGAGCAUGUUUGCCCUACAGGGCAGGUAUGAGGAAGAGAUCAGGUGCAUGGUGGAGCAGCUGAGCCACACUGAAAAUACACUGCAGGCUGAGCAUAGCCGGGUUCUCAGCCAGCUAGACGCCUCAGUCAAAGACAGACAGGCCAUGGAACAGCAUCAUGUGCAGCAAAUGAAGAUGCUGGAGGACAGGUUCCAGCUGAAGGUCCGGGAGCUGCAGGCUGUUCAUCAGGAGGAACUGAGGGCCUUGCAGGAACACUACAUAUGGAGCCUGCGAGGAGCCCUUAGCCUCUGCCAACCGUCACACCCAGAUUCCUCACUGGCCCCUGGGCCAUCUGAGCCCAGAGCUGUGCCAGCAGCCAAGGAUGAGGCCGAAUCCAUGACCGGGCUGCGAGAACGUAUCCAGGAACUGGAAGCCCAAAUGGGUGUCAUGAGAGAGGAGCUGGGUCACAAAGAACUGGAGGGUGAUGUGGCCACCCUGCAGGAGAAGUACCAGCGGGACUUUGAGAGCCUCAAGGCUACAUGUGAGCGAGGCUUUGCCGCCAUGGAGGAGACACAUCAAAAGAAGAUUGAAGAUCUACAGAGGCAACACCAGCGGGAGCUAGAGAAGCUGCGGGAGGAAAAAGACCGCCUCCUGGCUGAGGAGACAGCUGCCACCAUAUCAGCCAUUGAAGCCAUGAAGAAUGCUCACCGAGAGGAGAUGGAACGAGAGUUAGAGAAGAGCCAGCGGUCUCAGAUCAGCAGCAUCAAUUCAGACAUAGAAGCCCUGAGGCGACAGUACCUGGAGGAGCUGCAGUCAGUGCAGCGGGAGCUGGAGGUCCUUUCAGAGCAGUACUCCCAGAAGUGCCUGGAGAAUGCACACCUAGCCCAGGCACUGGAGGCUGAGCGCCAGGCCCUGCGGCAAUGCCAGCGUGAAAACCAGGAGCUCAAUGCCCACAACCAGGAACUGAAUAACCGCCUGGCUGCUGAGAUCACACGGUUGCGGACACUACUGACUGGAGAUGGUGGCGGAGAGUCCACUGGGUUGCCUCUCACACAGGGCAAGGAUGCCUAUGAGUUAGAGGUCUUGUUGCGGGUCAAAGAGUCAGAAAUUCAAUACCUGAAACAAGAGAUCAGCUCCCUCAAGGAUGAACUCCAGACAGCCCUGCGGGAUAAGAAAUAUGCUAGUGACAAGUACAAAGACAUAUACACAGAGCUCAGCAUUGCGAAGGCCAAGGCUGACUGCGACAUCAGCAGGCUGAAGGAGCAGCUGAAAGCAGCUACAGAGGCAUUGGGCGAGAAAUCUCCUGAAGGCACUACUGUGUCAGGAUAUGACAUAAUGAAAUCUAAAAGCAAUCCUGACUUCCUGAAGAAAGACAGAUCCUGUGUUACCCGGCAACUCAGAAACAUCAGGUCCAAGUCCGUAAUUGAGCAGGUCUCAUGGGAUAACUGAGUCGCGCCCGCUUCCAAGUCCCCUGUCGUGUAGAGUCUGAAGGAAGGCCUGACGGUGCAGGAGCGCUUGAAGCUCUUUGAAUCCAGGGACUUGAAGAAAGAUUAGCUGCAUCCAUUCCACUGACCAUCCUUCCCAGCUGGUGGCAGCACAAGCCAAGUGUGGCUUUCAUCUGCAUCUGUGCUUUCUCAUUGUUGCUGUCAUUAACUGUGGGUAUGGAUGCAUGAGAGACUGCUGUGGGGUGUUUGCUCCAUUCCCUUCCUGUUAAUUCCAACUUUCUGUUGUCUUUAUCACAGCUUUUUCCCAUGGUAUUCUCAGAUUAGUCACGCGCAAGCAGUAGAGUGGGGAGAUUUCCUCACUGAUACCUGAGCAGCCCCCUUGUCCUCCCAGCACACUCACUGUCAGUAUUAAGGCACAGCAGCCUGUUAAUAAGCUAGCCCUGCCUCAGAGUGCACUUGUGGGGACCUGCCAGUGGCUCUGCUCUGCUGCACACAGCGGAGCACCACCCUUGAUGGUCAGAGCAGAGCCACCAAAUGUUCUAGGCUGGCCUGAUUUCUGAAGGGCCUAGGAGAGUGUCCAGCCUGGCCCACUUCCUUUUGAUGUGGGAGGACAGCAUUUUGUAUUUGGCCCACUAAUGCAGCUUAGAACCAUACCCAGAUAAUCCUGGCAAAUCUUUCACAACCUGGAAAAUGUUGAAAACAACCAUUCCUAUUUUGGUUUUUUAUUAAAUCUUGCACAAAAGCCCCGACCCCUCUCAUUCCUUCCUCCGCUCGUGCCUCCCUUGCUGUGCUAAUCCUGGUCUUCUGGUGGCCAGGAAGAGUGACUUGCAGCCUGAAGUUUCAGAUUUGUCAAGUGUGAUGGAUCCUUCUCAAGGUCAUCUAGACGGAUUAUUUUAAUCUGAAAAGAAGCUGUCAUACUGCUUGGGGAAACCCGUGUGUGAAGAUAAGACUCUCAGGACUGGUGAAAACAGCGUGUGCUCAGGACCCUGAUUUGUCUGGGCUCUGGAAGGGUCCCUUGAAUUGUCUGCUUCUCAUGGAGCCAUUAACAGGGAGCCUAUGCUAAUUUUGUGUUUCUAGCUAGCUGAACAGGACCUAACUACCCAAAGCAUUCUAAAGCAUUACCUUUAAAAAAUAAAAAAUUUAU